GUUACAGCAGCUGUUUGCCGUUCGUUUUUGGAAGAACGAAGGAACAACAAAGAACGCAUUUUUUCGAUGCACUAAUCGAAAUUUUUGUAGGUUUAUGACGUUUAUGUCCUUUCGUUCUGAUAAUUUAGAUAAAUUAAUGAAUAUUUUUAAAAUUAAAAUAAUGUUUUGUAUUUACAUAUUAUAUUAUCUAUGUCAUUGCUCAGUGUUUAUCACGCUUAGUACGCUUAUCACUUUUCGGGAGAUCUGACCCUAUCGGGCACCAAUAUGGCAAUAUCAGACAUUAACAUUUGACUACUCGAGCUUACCAAAUUAUUAAGUAAUUAAGUUCCYACCUAUUAACUAUGACACGACAAUAGGUACUAAAGUAAUGAAAAUACUUUAAUAUUGAAGUAAAUUUAAAUCUUUUAAAGUAAGUAAGUUACUAAAUUAUAUUACUUAUCUAUAAUUUCAUUAACGAUUCAAAACAAGAUAACUCUUUGCUGUUGAAUAACGCAUUUUUUUAACAUAUUAAUGAUAAGAAGAAAGAACUAUAAAGCUGAGUGAAAAAUGCAUCACCUAUUGAAAUAUAUAUUUGCUUCGAGCCAAUGUUGCUGUAAAAUGUAUUUACCUCAGUACAGAAUGUGUUUUCCAACUGUACUCCCAAAUAAUAAAUCAUUUUUGUCAGUCCGAUCGUAUAAAAAUCACAGGAUUAUGGCAAAUGUUUAUUUUGCGGAUGAUCGAUUUUCAAAGCGUCACAAUAAAUUUAAAAAUGMUAUUCGAGAUAAACAGAUUAUUUUACAAAAAACUAAACAAAAAUUUCAAACCAAAGGUAAAUUCAUUCUGGAUGACAUCAAGGAAACUAAAUCAAAGGUACGGGAUACUAUAAAGGAGAAUGUUUGGACAAUACCUAACAUGCUAUGUAUGACUAGAAUAGUCCUAAGUCCUUUUCUGGGUUAUCUUAUUGUCAAUGGAAACUUUGAGUAUGCUCUCAGUUUUGUGGCMAUAGCAAGUGUAACAGACUUAAUUGAUGGGUGGAUUGCUAGGAAUUUCCAAGGACAGAARUCGAAAUUAGGUAGUUUCUUGGACCCAAUGGCUGACAAAGUACUUGUGGGUACUAUGUUUUUAACAUUGACUUAUAUAGAUUUAAUCCCAAUAUACCUUACUGGUAUAAUUAUAUUAAGGGAUCUGGUUUUAAUUGGUGCUGCCUUUCAAAUUCAUUAUAUGUCAAUACCUAAACCCAGGACUUUAAGUAAAUUAUUUGAUGUCACCAAUACCAAUGUUCAACUAGCACCCAUGUUCAUAAGCAAGGUGAAUACUACAGUUCAAUUAGCAAUGGUUUGUGCUACUUUAGCUGCUCCAGUUUUCGACUUUGUUGAUCACCCUGCACUCAAAGCGUUGUGGUGGCUAACAACUGCUACUACAGUGUCAUCGGCAAUAAGUUAUAUAGUGCAUAGAAAAAAGACUUAUAAAAUAUUUAAUAACCUAAAAAGAUAAUUUUUUUUUACUCAUCCUACAUACAUAAACAAUGUAUU